AUGUCUCCCUCUCGCAAAGCUCUUAUCAGCAUCACCUCGGCCCAGGCCACGCUCUUCCAGGGCAAAGAAACCACCGGUCUCUUCAUCAGCGAGGCUCUGCACCCUUACAACGUGCUCGUUGCCGCCGGCUUCGAGGUUGACCUUGCCUCUGAGACUGGCAGUUAUACCGCCGACUGGCUCUCGCAGCAGCCAGACUUUCUCAAUGGCUCCGAUUUGACUACCUGGAACAACACCACCAGCGAGUUCCGCAAGAAGCUCGACAACAUGCCCAAGGCUGCUGAUGUCGAUGGCUCGCAAUACGGUGUCUUCUACGCCUCGGCCGGCCAUGCCGCUCUGAUCGACUACCCCAAGGCAUCAUCUCUGCAAAAGAUCGCCGAGCAAGUCUGGGCUAAUGGCGGUGUGGUCGCCUCUGUCUGCCACGGUCCUGCCAUCUUUGCCAACAUUCUCGAUAGAGCCACUGGCGAGCCCAUCAUCAAGGGGAAGCGCAUCACUGGAUUCACCACCGAGGCCGAGAACACCAUGGGCAUUAUGGACGAGCUCCGGGGCUGGGGUUCGGAAAUGGUCGAGGAGCUUGCCGACCGUCUUGGAGCUAAAUAUGAACGUGCUCCCGGCAUCUGGGAUGACUUCCACAUUGUCGAUGGCCGCCUGGUCACUGGCCAGAACCCUGCCAGCGCAAGGUCGACUGCUGAGGCUGUUGUUGAGGUGUUUGAGAAGCUUUGA